AUGUAUAAAGGUAGGUCUACUUCCGUUAAGCCUAGUUCUGCUAUGGCUGAAGGAGAUGAAAGUAAACAAACCGAAACUAAUGCAACAUCUGCGACUAUCGCCAAGGUCAGCAUCAAAAUUCCUCCUUUCUGGAAACCUGACCCCAAAAUAUGGUUUCUUCAUAUUGAAGCCCAAUUCCGCAAUGCUGGAAUUACAGUUGAUCAAACAAAAUGCGAUUAUGUAGUCAAUUCUAUUGAAACAGGGACAUUGUCACAAAUCUCUGAUAUUCUCACCAAACCACCAGACAACGGCAAAUAUUCGGCCAUUAAAAAAAGGCUUAUUGAAUUUUUUGCCGACUCUGGAACACAGAAAACCCAGAAACUUCUGACCGAAUUAGAACUGGGUAAUAAGAAACCAUCCCAACUCUUUUGCGAAAUGCGUAAUAAGUUGACGGCUGAGAAAGUGCCAGAUGAAUUUUUGAAAACAUUGUGGAUGCAACGAAUACCACUUAAUAUGCGGAUCUGUGAACAAUUAAUCUGUGAGCAGUGA